AUGAGUUGGCAAAUAAGGUCAACAUUCAAGCCUAGAGCAAGAUGAAAUGAUCAAAACUCUUUCCAGCUAGUUGGGCCUGUGGUUCAGCCCAGUAUUGAACAACGUCAGCAAGAGGAGCCACCAACUGAGCUUCAGGAUAGUAUGCCUGAUCAAGAGAAAAAAGAUAAAGUAGCACCUGUGGUUCAAGGUGAAGGCAAAGGGAAGAAAAAUACCUCGUGGCCUUCCCUGGAACCUGAUCAAUAGGAACUGGUUCUUCCAAAGACUGGUCGUGAGUGUGGAGACGGUCCUGAUGUCAGAGGGAAGAGACUUGCAAAUCUAGGGUCCCUUAAAAUGCCCGAAGCAGGUGAAGGGCAAUCACAGGUUUAAACGAAGACAAGUUGAAACCAUGCAGACUGCUUUUGUGUUGGAAGUUUGCCUGUUAAACUUCUCUCAAUAAAGUUUUGCCAUCUUGUCC